AACCCCAUACUGCCUUCUACGUAAACUUACAAGGCCAAUCUCCUCCUUUACUCUUCAAUCUCUCAUCCAUAGCAUCAAUAUAUAUACUCCCUUUAUACCACCUCUACAUCCAACAACUGCUCUUUUUUUUUUUACCUAAACUAAACAGCAACAACAACAUGAUGUUCUCCACUCUUUCCAAGGCUUCCAUUGCCCUCAUUGCUGCCUCUCUCCUCCUCAUGCUCACCCAAUCGGCCGAGUCUCACUCCUGGGUUGACUGCGUUGACUGGCGCUUCAACGACCCCAAGAACAAGUCCUGGGGCAACAAGAACGGUAAAUGCUUCGGUUAUGCCCGUCGCUUCCCUUACGAGGUUGCUCAAAAGAAGGGCUUCAACAAGUUGGAUUCUGAUUCUCCCAACCGCCACUACCAGCAGAGACACAGAAACCCAAGGUCCGAAAACGAACUCGCUUGCUCUGACGGCAAAAUUGGUGAGGAGAGGGGUGCGGAUGAGACCAUGAGCAGCCCUGUGACUGCUGCCUACAACGGCGUCGAUAGGAAAGGUCGCAAGACCGGUCCCAUGACCCGUGUCAAGGUCGGUGGCCAGCUCUGUGUCCGCUGGCCCGCCAAGAACCACGCUGUCAAGAGUGAGAAAAAUCGCCCUGUCACCAUCGGUUUCUCGAGGAAGCCCAAUCCCAAGAAGGACCCUACUCAAAAGGAGUUCUUGGACAACAAAAUCGCCGAGCUCAACUACAAGAACUGCACUGAGACCAACGGCAACACCGAUGGCUGGCCCUGCGGUGGUUGCUUCCCCAUCACUGAGGAUAUCAAGCCCGGUUACCACGUUAUGCAGUGGCGCUGGCAGUUGAACUCUGACGAGUACUAUACCUCUUGCGCUGAUGUUUUGGUCCAGCCCAAGUAAAGAAAAAAAAAAAAGAAAAAAAAAAAGCCCU